CCACGUGUGUCUUUGUUUGGAUUCACGCACUUCCUUAGCAACGUGUAUCUGAACCAGGAAGUAGUUUAAGCUGCAGCUAACUAGCUGCUGUUAGCGCAGAGCCGUGAAAGUGAGUGGCAGCAAAGUUUAUCCGUUUAUUUCCGUCGUCCGUCCACCCCGCGUGUGUUUUACACCCGUGUCAGACACACUCGUGAUUAGCGGGCAGUUUUGUUGCUGGUAGAAAAGGAGCGAAACUCGUAAGUGGAUGCGGUUUUGUUGAUGUGUUAGCGAGCUGUUAGCUAAUAAGCUAACGGAAAUGCAGCGCAGUCAGCUGGACUUGAGUCAAAUUAACUGGCUUUUUCAAUGUAGCGUCAGUGACAUUCAUCCCUCAUUAGACAGACACGUGAUACACAUAAUUAACAAUGCCUGUUUAAUGGUACACGUGUGUAACGUUAACUCAUAACGAUGCGUGGAUAGCAGGAACUGUUUGGAAAGUUGACAACUGCAACUUGGGUGAAAGACACGGUGAUCGCUUCAUCGUAUGUGCAAGCUUUGCUUUGUAGUCUUGAGGAUGCACGUUUUAUAGAUGACGUUAGCUAUAAGGUUUCUUGGAUGUUACUGCCACAAAGUUUGUACCAGGGUUUAGAAUUAAGUAGGUGAUCGAUUAGCUUGUGGGUUAUUAUUUUUUAACGCCCUGUACCUGUUGAGAAUGUGCGUAUCCAGUUUUAUAACCAUCAAUUGUCUGUAAAAUUAGCUUAAAGUGUUGGUCUAAAUGAAAAUGCCUCGAGUAGCACAUAGCUGCCCUGAGGCGCUUUAAACGUGCAGCAACAGAACAAGGCCUAUCAAGUUAUGCAGGGAUUAUGGAAAGUCUAAUGAAUCCUGCUGAAGAGCAGCAGCCCUCCUCUCCCCUGGCCGACCCCUGGUCCUUAAAACCAGAAUCAAGCAAGAAUCAAAAGCCCAAAUGUGUUGGUGGAUUUGUCUUGGUGCAUGCAGGUGCAGGAUACCAUUCUGAAUCUAAGGCCAAGGAAUACAAGCAUGUGUGCAAAAGAGCCUGCCAGCGAGCUGUGGACCGACUCAAAGCCGGGGCACUCGCGGUGGAAGCAGUGGCUGCAGCGCUUGUUGAACUGGAGGACUCUCCUUUUACAAACGCCGGCAUGGGCUCCAACCUGAAUUUGUCAGGGGAAAUUGAAUGUGACGCAAGUAUCAUGGAUGGGAAGUCGCUGCAUUAUGGGGCCGUUGGGGCAAUUAGCGGUAUUAAGAACCCUGUCUUAGUCGCAAACCGUCUACUGAGUGAGGCACAAAAAGGGAAACUAUCAGCUGGCAGAAUACCGCCCUGCUUUUUAGUGGGGCGGGGAGCUCACGAUUGGGCCGUUGGCCAUGGGAUACCACCGUGCCCUUCAGAGAAAAUGGCCACCAAGUUUAGUUUAUCGGCGUACAAGAGGAAUAAGCGAAAGAUGGAGCUGGCUGAAAAAAUGGAAACAGGACAUAAACAGGCCAAGAAAAGACGACAAUCAAGUGAAAAUGAAAACGGUUCAGGGUGCCUGGACACGGUGGGGGCCAUUGUGGUGGAUCUGGAAGGGAACGUAGCUGCGGCGGUGUCCAGCGGAGGACUCGCCAUGAAACAUGCCGGCAGGGUUGGCCAGGCUGCUCACUACGGAUGUGGCUGCUGGGCAGAAAACGCUUGUAAUAUGAACCCUUAUUCUACAGCAGUGAGUACCUCAGGCUGCGGAGAGCAUCUGAUUCGCACAAUGCUGGCCCGGGAAUGCUCUGCUGCCGUGCAGUCUGAGGAUGCCCACCAGGCACUGCUGGAGGCUAUGCAAAGCAAGUUCAUCAGCUCACCCUUUCUGGCCGGUGAAGACCGUGUUUUGGGUGGAGUGAUUGUCUUGCGCUGCUGCAGAUGUGUGGAAGCUCAGCCAUCGAAAAAUAUUCAGGGGAUACUGGUGGAGUUCCUAUGGAGUCACACCACAGAGAGCAUGUGCGUUGGCUACAUGUCGGCCCAAGACAGCAAAGCCAAGACACACAUAUCCAGAUUACCACCCGGCACGGUUCCUGGACAGUGCUUGGCCAUCGAAGGAGGCGUCUGUCGACUGGCGAGCGCCGUGGAGUGAGCCGCGUUGCCCCUCUACCUGGGCGCCUCCAGCGAGACUCACUCGCAAACCCUUUCCGCUCAACCACAAACACCCCCCGCCCACCCCCACCACCUCUGGGAACCCACAAGUGAUCAACUUUAGCUGUUCUAACAGGUGCCCAGGAAGGAGGUAGGAGUGUGAGGCUCUACUUUGUGCACUUACAGGACUUCCCUUUGCCACCGUCUGCCUCCAGCACUCUAUGUCACCCCCCCCCCUCCCCCCCAUCCUCCCUUUCCCACACCCCAGCUCUCCAGUGUCACCUUGAUUAGACUUGAUGCACCAUUGCCUUGAUGCACCAGUUAUUCUGUAUUACCCUUUACAUUUCUUACUCUUUUCUAUUCUAUGUACGCUAUGACUUAGGAAAACAGGGUUGAUGUUUUUGUAUAACUGAACAAAUGUGACUUUUUUUCAAGCACUAAGUCAUUUCAGAUGCAAGACCUUGUUUUGUACUUAACGUAUUAAGUACUUUACAAGUGUAAAAAGAUGUCCGAUUGCACUUUGUGGAAUACCUGCUACUUAAGAUAAUUAUUAACAACUGAUGCAUUUAUAGCUGUGAGAGUUAACCAGUAACAAUAAGCAACAAUUUACAGCGUUAACACGCACAGAUCAACUUCCAUGUGCUUGUACACGCAUAUUAUUAUUAAUCUUCCAGCAUACUAUAUAAUGUAGCAUAACAUGUAUCUUGGGUCAUGAUGCAUUUUAUAACCGGAGCUAUAUAUUGCUUUGAUUGAUUUGAAAUGUUGAAAUAUAGCUAUUGCAUGUGCAAAAUCUACAGUAAGCCACUUUGUGUUGGCUGAGUGGUGUGGAGUUGAUCAAGAAGCUGGAAGCGAUGCUGAUCCAUUCGGGCUCAGGUAGCAGCCUUUGACCUGGCCGUCAAACGUGACUGUUAAUCAUCAUUUAAAAAUCACAAUUUAUAUUUGUAUAGCCACAAUGACAGGGACAUUUAUUUACUUGCAACAACAAAAAAGGACAGAUAAGGACUGAUUAGUGUUUUGUGCUAAUUCUCGUGCUGUUGAGAAUUGUGCUUGAAAGGACUGAGGGUCAAAAACUUCUGUUUGGAUAAUCAGUUCAAUCAAUUUUCUGUUUCAACAGAACUGAGCUUGUUUAUUCUUCACUUGCAACUAAGAAUAAAUGGUGCAAGCUAUGGACAUUACAAUAUUUGCAUUGUUAAAUAGUGCAAAAAAAGUAAAUAAAAUCUAUGUUGCUACAUU